AUGUUCAGCUUCAGAAAACGAGCCCUGGAUGAUGUGGAAGCAGGAGCAGCAGAGGAGAAGAAACUAAAAGUAAUUCGGCCACAGAGACUUCCUCAUGGUUUGUACAAUCAGGGCGCCACAUGCUACCUCAACAGUGUCCUGCAAGUUCUCUUCAUGACACCAGAGAUCCAUGACAGGUUGGAUCCAAAAUCACAGAUCACAGAUGAAGAGCUGAGAAACCUCUUUGAAGAACUGGAAAAAGCAACAUGUGGAACAGAAAAGAUCACGGAGAUUUUGGGCAUUGAAAAUGGUUUUGCAAGGCUAGCGUACACAACAAAGUGCUCUGAUGGCCACAACAUCAACGAAGAGACGAAUCCAUUCUGGACUCUUCCUCUGUCACUGAAAGAUACCCAUGAUGAUACAACCUACAGCGUGGAAAAUGGCUUUGAAAGAAUUUUCCAGCUGAAAUCAUUCAGCGGAGACAACAUGGUGUACUGCAACGAAUGUGAAAAGAAAACAGACGCAACCUGUGGAUGUGAGAUGGUGACAUAUCCUCAGCUUUUGAUUCUACUCCUCAAGAGGUUUGACUUUGACUACAGCACCAUGUCAUAUUUCAAGACGAACUGCUGUGUGGACGUGCCACGAACGUUACAGAGAAAGAACAACAAGUACGAACUGUAUGGGAUGGUGAAUCACAUGGGGGGUCUCAGAGGAGGACAUUACACAGCCACCAUCCUGUCCAACGAGGACAAAACCUGGUAUGAGUUUAAUGACGAUCACGUCAGCCAGAGGAGUCAUGUCUCUCAACAAAGCAGGCGUUUGCCACCUGAAGAGAAGGCUCAUAACUUUGAAGAGCUGAGAAGCAGAUCCAUGAAUGGAGAGGAGGAGAGUAAAGACAUCAGGGGAGGGACAGCUGGAGAGAAAUGUUAUGACCCUCGGGACUCCACGCUGACAUUUGUACAAGGAGACGAUGUGUUAGAUUUUUUGUGUCAUGACUUCAAGUCUCUCAGAGCAAAGAUGUCCUGCGGUCAUGCUGUCACUCCGAUGUCUCUCACCAUCUGGUGUCUCUAUUUGCUUAAUCAGGGUAAAUGCAGAUUUGUGUGUGGCCAGACUGGCUGUGAUGCUGAGUGGCCCUUUGAGGAGGUUUGUAAAAUGGCUCUUCUGACCCCUGAAGAAAGGGAUUACUUUGAAAGGAAAAUCUUCAGCAACGCUGGGGAGAGUUACUUGGACGUCAAAGCAUGUCCUGGAUGCCAGUCUCGUUUGAUGAGAGCUGACCUCCAUGAUCUCAGUGUCCAGUGCCCAGUGUGCACAGCGAGGAGAAGAAGGGCUUAUCGGUUCUGCUGGCAGUGUUUGAAGAAGUGGAAGGGUCCAGCUCCACGUUCAGACCGCUGUGGGAAUAAAGACUGCCAAGACCCACUGGAAAUACUGAGAAACUGCCCAGAUAUCACCUUCAAGGAUGUGGAGGGGGUCACUGGCUGUCCCUCCAUCCGUGCCUGUCCCACCUGUGGUGUUCUGGUGGAGCAUGAUAGAACUUACUGUAAAAACAUUUACUGUGUUCGAUGUAAGGUGGAGUUCUGUUUUGUGUGUCUGAAGCUCACUAAAGAGUGUGCGGAUGUGAAGAACGCAUCCUCAUAUUUUGAACUUUGCCCCAGUGGUGUCGCACCAAGACAGACCUCUAUACCUGUGUGGCAGAGGACAUGA